AUGAUAUUCCUGGGCGGUAGUUAUCCUGGGCAUGCGCAGAGAGCGUCCUUAGCCCCCCCUCCCCUCCUCGACUACAUUUCCCAGAGGGCGCAGGGGUCUGGUCCCGGAAGCUUUCCCUUAGAAAAGUUAAUAGACCGAAUUGAGCAUGCGCCGCCGGAAGUGUCCUCUCCGGGCCGGAAACGGGGCGGAAGCCUCGGUGCAUUUUGUUUGGCGGCCUCCGCACCUCCGGCUCUGGGCUCGCCCUCUCCCGCAGAGCCCCGUCCCCUCCCCGCCGCCCUCCGGGCCCUCCUGCUCGGGAUGGCGGCGCAGCCCUGUGCCCGGCCGGACUCGGAGCCCUGGGGGGAGCGCGCGGGGACGUGGGGGGCCGGGCGUCCCCCGGGGCUGGGGGCGGCGGAGGGGCCGGGGCGGCUCGGGGCGCGGGCCCCGGGCGAGGGCGAGGUGGCCCUGAGGAGCCUCCCCGGUGGGGCCCGACCAGCCCCGGCCUGCCAGCCAUCAGUGACCUUCAAAGAUGUCGCUGUGGACUUCACCAGGGCGGAAUGGGAGCAUCUGGAUUCUGCUCAGAGAGAUCUCUACAGAGACGUGAUGCUUGAGAACUAUAAGAACCUCGUCUCGCUGGGGUUUCCAAUUUCCAAACCAAAAGUGAUCUCCAAGUUAGAAAGAGGAGGUGCACAUUGGAUGCUUGGGAGAAGAGUUUCCAGAAGGCCCUUUCCAGGUCGCCUUUGUCAGAAUAGGGGUAAAAGCAAGGAUUCCACUCCAAAGCAGUGUAAUUAUAUUUCAUUAAAGAAAAGACUUAUAGUGAAUAAUAAGGAAUGUGUUGAAGCCUUAAGACAGAACAGAUACCUUAGUGGGUAUCAGAAAAUUCAUAUUGGAAAGAAACUCUAUAAAUGUAAUGAAUGUGAAAAAGCCUUCAACUCCAACUCAAGCCUUACUGUACAUCAACGGAUUCAUACUGGGUUAAAACCAUAUAUAUGUACUGAAUGUGGGAAAGCCUUCAGCCAAAAAGGAAACCUUACUAAACAUAAAAGAAAUCAUACUGGGGAGAAAUCCUAUAAAUGUAAUGAAUGUGGAAAAGCUUUCAGAGACAGAGGAUACCUUACUAUUCAUCAGAAAAUUCAUACUGGGGAGAAAUCAUAUAAAUGUAAUGUAUGUGGGAAAGCCUUCAGCCAGAAGGGACACCUUACUGUACAUCAGACAAUGCAUACUGGAGAGAAAUCCUUCAAAUGUGAUGAAUGUGGGAAAGCCUUCAGUCAGAGGGGAAGCUUUAAUAUACAUCAGAAAAUUCAUACUGGAGAGAAAUCCUUCAAAUGUGAUGAAUGUGGGAAAGGUUUCAUUGACAGAGGAAACCUUAAUAAACAUUAUAAAAUUCAUACUGGAGAGAAAUCCUACAAAUGUAACGAAUGUGGGAAAGCCUUCAGCCAGAGGGGAAGCCUUAAUAAACAUCAUAAAAUUCAUACUGGAGAGAAAUCCUAUAAGUGUAAUGAAUGUGGAAAAGCUUUCAGCCAGAGAAGUUACCUUACAAUACAUCAGAAAAUUCAUACUGGAGAGAAAUCCUAUAAAUGUAAUGAAUGUGGGAGAGCUUUCAGGCAGAAAGGACACCUUACUGUACAUCAGAGAAUUCAUACUGGAGAAAAACCCUAUAAAUGUAAUGAAUGUGGUAGAGCCUUCAGAAAGACUGGACACCUUGCUGUACAUCAGAGAAUUCAUAUUGGAGAAAAUCCUUUUAGUACAAUGAAUGUUGAAAGACUUCAGCCACAAGAUAUUCUUUAUUUAUCUUGACGGUUCAUGCAGACACUUUCGAAGUAAUGAGAAUGGGAGAGUUUUUACCAAAAGUGAAAAAAAAUCACUGAAUGCUUAAUCAUAGAAUGAGAGGGUUUGGAGUUGGAAGUGACUUUUGAAAUGUAUUCUAGUUCCUUGAGUCUGACAGCUGAUGGGGUAAAUGGGCUGGAAGCAAACUGAGCUCCUCAAUGUCACUCAGGUAGUAAGUAGCAGAUAAAGGAUUGGAACUGAGAUCUGAGCCAAAUCUAGUUUUCUUUUCAUUGCACCAUGCUGACCUCAGAAUUCAUAUUGGAGAGAAAACCUUUGAAUGCAGAGUACAGGCUGGUCUUCAGCAGCAAUUCAUACUUAGUCCACAAAGCAUUUCAGAAUUGGAAAUGGCCUCAGUAGCUAUUUAACGUAACCCAUACUUUAAAAAGAAUCUGACUACCACACACACCCAUGAACUAAUCAUUCAGCUUUUACUUGAAGAUGUUUCAUAAAGGGUAAACCACUCCUUCCUCAGGCAGCCCAUUCCUCUUUGGAGUAGCUCAGGGGGGAGAGUACAGAGGCAUCAAAAUGAGAUAUUCUGGAAAACAAAAGGCAAUGGUUAUAUAUGUAACAUAUAUGUAAAAUAUUGUUGAUGUGUUUUUUUUUAAAGCAUGAUACUUAGAACUAACACAAUAUUCGAGAUGUAGUCUCAGCACUCCAGAAUUCAAUGGAACUAUGGCCUCCUUUUUCAUGGAAGCUGUCUGUCUUAUUUCGGCAUACAGUAGCAUUAGCUGUUUUGGUUGUCAUAGCAAACUGUUGGCCCAUUGGACCUGCAGACCAUUAAAAUCCACAGAUCUCCUUUUUUCUGCAAUACAAAUCCAAUAACAAACCUGAUUUUAAACAUACUUUCCUCAUCUUUUAAUUGUGAAGUUGAUUUUUUCACUUCUGAGUGUAAAAUUUAUUUGUGUGUAUAUACUCAUACAUUUAAUUCCCAUCUUUUUAGAUUCAACUUGAUGUGUUAGUCUGUCGAGAUCUUUUAAAAUUCAAAUCAAAUCAUCAAAUGUGGUAACUGUCCCUCCCAGAUUGAUAUCAUCUGCAAAUUUGAUAAAGAUGCCAUCUAUGCCUUUCUCCAAGUCAUUGAUAAAAAUAAAAUGUAAAUUCACUGAGGGUAAGGACUAUAAUUUUGAGUCUAUCCCUUGCACCAACCCUGCAUCAACUCUUAAGAACCAUUUGUUGAAUGAAUAAAUGUUGAAUUGCACAAAGCCAAGCAUUCAUCCUAGGGAUACUUUACAGAAUA